GAGAUGCUAGCAGGCAGCUCUCAGCAGCAGGAAACUGGCGAUUUAAUGUCAAAAAACGGAGGAAGAUAAAUCUCACAGCCACCCGGAGAGAAAAGUGAACCUCCGAGGUUCAUCCCAGAGCCGAGAAACCAACAUUUAGCUCACGGUGUCAGCUCGGCGGCAGCAGCAGGAUGAGCGGCGCCGCUCUGGGCAUCGAGAUCGUGGUGGUGUUCUUCCUGGCGCUGUUCCUGCUGCAUCGCUAUGGAGACUUCAGGAAGCAGCAGCGCAUGGUGCUGUUCGGCACGCUGCUGGCCUGGUACCUGUGCUUCCUCAUCGUCUUCAUCCUGCCGCUGGACGUCAGCACGACCAUCUAUAAGCAGUGUAAGAUCGACCAUGAGGAGCCCAUCUCUGUUCCUACCGUCACCUCGUUACCAGCCAAUCACACAGUGAACUCGACGGUUUCACCCACUAAAAGCGCCCCGAAGCCCUGCUACAAACCCUGGAGUUACAUCCCUGAUGGCAUCAUGCCCGUGUUCUGGAGGGUGGUGUACUGGACGUCUCAGUGUCUCACAUGGCUGCUGCUGCCCUUCAUGCAGUCCUACGCGCGCUCCGGAGGCUUCUCCAUCACCGGCAAGAUUAAAACGGCGCUCAUAGAGAACGCCAUUUACUACGGGACCUACCUGCUGAUCUUCGGCUCGCUGCUCAUCUACGUGGCUGUUCACCCUCAGUGGCACCUGUCCUGGUACGAGCUGCAGACCAUCGGGAUCACGGCGGCCAACACCUGGGGCCUGUUCCUGCUGGUGCUGCUGCUGGGCUACGGCCUGGUGGAGAUCCCUCGCUCCUACUGGAACGCCUCGCGACACGGACACCUGCUCAUCAAGACCUACUUCAAGGCCUCCAAGCUGAUGACGGAGAAGGCGGACGCAGAGGAGAACCUGGAGGACGUCAUGGAGGAGGUGAGAAAAGUCAGCGAGUCCAUCAAGUACAACCAUCCGCUGAGGAAGUACAUCGACACCAUCCUCAGGAAAUGUCCCCUGGACUACCAAGAGAAGAUGGGCAGGAACAUGGACGACUACGAGGACUUUGAUGACAAACAGAACACCUACCCCAGUGAGAAGAGCCUGGUGAAGCUGCACAAACAGGUGAUCUAUGCGGUGCAGAGACACAAUAGGACUCGUGUCCAGUGGCAGAUCCUCCUGCAGCAGGCCAUCCACCUGGAGGACGUGGCCAAGAACGAGACCAGUUCCUCCCACCAGUUCGUCCACAGCUUCCCGUCCUCGGAGCCGGCCGGCUGGUUCAGCAGAUACGUGUACACACCGACUGCAGAGUGGUACUGGGAGUGUCUCCUGAAGUGCUGGUUCUACCGGCUGCUGUCCGUGGUGCUGACCCUGUUCAGUGUGGCUGUCGUCUGGUCUGAGUGCACCUUCUUCAGCACCCGGCCCGUCCUCUCCCUGUUUGCUGUGUUCAUCCAGCUGGCUGAGAGAGAUUACAACUACCUGUACAUAGAGAUGGCGUGCUUCAUCACCAUCUUCUUCCUGUGUACCUGUGUGUACUCCACCGUGUUCCGUAUCCGUGUUUUUAACUACUACUACCUGGCCUCGCACCACCAGACGGACGCCUACAGCCUGCAGUUCAGCGGCAUGCUGUUCUGCCGCCUGACGCCUCCUCUGUGUCUGAACUUCCUGGGUCUGAUCCACAUGGACUCGGCCAUCUCCCACCAGCAGAAGGAGCAGACGGCCUACACCUCGAUCAUGGGCUCCAUGCGUGUUCUCUCCUUCAUCGCCAACGGCUUCUACAUCUACUACCCCAUGCUGAUCGUCAUCCUCUGCAUCGCCACCUACUUCAGCCUGGGGACGCGCUGCCUCAACCUCCUGGGCUUCCAGCAGUUUGUGGGCGACAGCGAGAUGACCUCUGACCUGAUCGACGAGGGCAAGGAGCUGAUCCGCCGGGAGAAGAGGAAGCGGCAGAGGAUCGAGGACGGAGAGAACCGACGCAGAGAGUGGAAGGAGCGCUAUGGGAACCAGAGGGAGGAGUACACAGCGAGGAACCGCAACUGUCAUGAGAUGAAGGAGACGAGUUAUUCUGACAACGUGACGCCGAAGGACAACAGGCAGGCUAAGUAUUGCCGCCCUGGGACUCGGCCAGAGAGAGACUGCAUGGAGCUGCUGCAGGACGCCGAGCCUUUAGACUUCAAUGCCGAGUCUCUGACGGACGAGUCUGUGGAGGCGGAGGCCACCAGACACGCCGGAGGACGAUAUCUGUCCAUGUCGUCGUCUCGCAGCCGAAUAUUCGACGACGUCUGACGGAGAGUUCCGACGUGAAUGAACCACAUGAUGGAUGCAUGGAAACUAAAACACGUCUUGAUCAGGUUUGCCGUCCGGCUCGGCUGCAGGUGAAUGAAGCUCUUUAACGCUGUAAAAGCUCCAUAAAGCUGGAGCUGCAUGUCUGCACGUCACUUUAACCAACGGCUCAGUGAAGGUCUCUUUUAUUUAUUAUUUUAUUCUUCCUCCUGAAUGUUUUAUUUAUCGGUGUGUCGGACAGAACAGACCUGAUUCAUCUUCUCUUCCUCCCAGUGUCUCCUUGAUUCCUUCAGGAAGCUUGUUACAUAAUAAAUCACUACUGAAUAUUUCCUGUUGUGAAAAGUAUCAGAGCAUUAUACUUCUAUAAUUCAGUCUUCUCCACUUUAAAUGAAGUUGUACACACUGUUUCUGUCAGUCGACAUGUUGUCGCAGAAAUCAUUGCCAUAAACGAUAUUAUUGUCAUUUUAGGGUCAAUUUAUGCAGCUGAUACAAUAAAAAAUAUAACAGGUCAAGUCCACCCUUUCAAAAAACUUUUCAUCUUAACAAUAUGAAAAAACCUGAAACUCUCUGAAUAACAGCAGAGAGCAGAAGUGAUGCUGAGAGCUGCUGUUUGCAUGAAGACAUGAAUUAUCUGCUCCUGACCAACAUCAUCCGGACAGCUGUGUUCCUCUCUGCAGACCAGGGAAUCAAACCCCUUUUAUAAUGCUUCACAUCAAAACUCAUUUGACCUCUUGUGUUGUGUGUAAGAGCAGUAGCAACCCAAAAUAAAGUGAUUUGAUGUGAAUAAACGGAUCUAAAGGAUGAAGCUGAGUCUGUUUGCAGGAACACAACAACACUGCUGUUAAAAUUAUGCUUUUCACACAGACAGCAACAAUCAUGUUUUCCUCUCUUUCUAAACCACCAGGGACAUCAGCAGGUUGUCACUAACUUGCUGGAGUUAAAUGUCAAUGAGAGAAAUUAUGCAGAUUUCUGUGGACGCUGUAGUUCAGUACAAAGUAAACGGUUCCAUCAUAACAGAGAGAAGUCUCAACAACUCUCAGUAUUCAGAUUGAUUAGUUAAACUCCAGGUGACAGAAAAAUAUGUUGUUUUAUUUAUUUUGGGUGGAGUGUCCCUUUAAAACAGCUUGUUGCAUUAUUUUCAGUUUCUGUGUCAGAAGUGACUUAAAAAAUAACAACAGAACUAUUUCUGAUGUAAACUGCAUUUAGUUUCCAAAGUAAAAUACCAUUUAAAUUUGGUGGCGGUUAAAUAUUAAGUGUUCUAGUUAUGAAUCAAUCAGCUGCUCAUGCCUCAGACGAUUUCAUCAAAACGUGGGAGAGCACAGACAAAACAACAGGUUUGAGUAUUUUACAACGUACUAUAAGAACGUGUGUAGCAGAUAAUUCAGUCAGAACGCAGACCACACACUUAUAUAAACGAUCUCCGAGUUUAAAUUCCAGAGAAAAAACACAUUUCUGAGAAGAUGAAAAGGAACGCUGUAGAGGCUGGAGCCGCCUGCCGAACCACUGCCCCCUAGUGGUUAAAGUUAAAGGUUAAAGGUGGGGAUAGGAACAGAACAACGUGAGGGCAGGGUCAGACGACGAUAACAUGUUGGAGACGUUUUUGUUAAUAUUCCAUCGCUGUUCCUUUCACACAACAUCAUCAUCUGCAAAGAAAAUCACUUCUGAACAGCCUUGCAUGGGGAACACUAUUAUCCUCCAACGUAAUUAGAUCAGUAACAGUUUAUCUCAGAGCUGAACACACGAGCUUCCUUCAUAACAUCAACGUCUUAAUUCUGCAGCUUCUCUUGUUGGUUCUGUUUGAAUCUGGUCAGAUGCAGAUUUGGUUCCUCUGAUAUUAUAUGCAGCAUUGGACUCCAGUGGAGGAACAUUCACAAUAACUCCAGAGUGUUGUGAAGUCUAAAAGUCCACAAUUAUUGAACAAAGAUCAAUGUCAUCAUUCCCACAAUUCACCUUUUUAUCCAACAUAUAAUCUGCUUCAAAUCCAUCAUUUGUUGCCAUUUAAACAUUUUCACUGCGUUAAAAAAAGACAAUGUUAUUAAAAAUACAAGACAAACAGACUUGAUCCAGAUUGAGGACUUUGUUUAACCAUUUAUACAUUUUUGAGAAUAAUGAUGUCAUUUAAUAUGAAGAUUAACAUUUAAAGCUUUAUUUUGAAGCCCUUAACAGGAUGUAGGAGCAGACACUGUGCUGUUGUUCUGGUCUCAUCUGAAUCUGUUGACUUUUUAAGGUUUUUUUCUCCACUUUGUGUUAAAAUGGUUCCAGAUGUGCCAUUUUUUUAAAAAACAGUCACCUGGAAGUGAAGCGACAGAUGUUGACCCUCCAUGAAGUGUAAAUACAAGAACAAGACAAAGAGAAGUGACCUUUAAAGGGCCGUACCUGUGACUAUCAUCAUGUUAUCAACCUGAGAUCUCAGUGAAAUCCUCUGAGCAUCACAUGUUCUCAUUCUGUACGUUCAAUAGAAACUUUUACAGCCGUCGUGUGUGCACACGUUUGCAACAGAAGUGGCGUUUUGCCAAUCAUGCCGACGAGGUGGUGAGCUUAAAACAUUUACAUUUACAACCGCAGCAUCAACAUAUCUGGUUGUUGGCGUUCAGCCGUUAAUCAUUUUCCAUCAGCGUAGUGAAGUUCAGCUUCAGAGCAGCAGGAGUGACCCUGUUAACUGGAGACUUGGAGUCAUGGAUGAUAAACACACGAGUAUGUGUUUAAAUUGUAUUUGGAUGGAUGGGCGGAAAGAUAGAUAGUCUUUAUUGUCCACUGUGGUGGAUAUUUGUCUUUGGUUUUGUCCAUUUUAGUUAGAUUGAAGCUUUUUCUUCAUGUUAGUGUUUUCAACAGUCACUGUCACCACGAGCAGUUUUCCGCUGAGUCUGGGCUAUGUGUCAUUUAAAAAAUGAAGAUAAUUACCUUAAAGUGACAGUAAUUCUAAUAGAGUUCUUUAUUGAAUUAAUUGAAUACCUUCUCUACUGCCAGCUGUGUAGAAUCCACUGAGCUCACCACAGACUGGCUGCUGCAGCAGAGGGCCGGCCGAGCACACAUCGCGUUUCAUCGGCUGCAAGACAUUUUUUACUAGAUCCGGUCUCAGGUUUGAGCUCCAAUACAAAGAGUCUCCAUAAAACACGUAAACUAAACACUGUCUGUUAAACGAGCUGAGGGCCACUGGACUCAGGACGCGUAACGAUGCUUUUUAUAGUUCAGUAAACUCUUAUUUUUGGUCCUGAUAUGUGACGUUUAGUGACUUUUCCUCAUCCUGAUUCUUCCUGAAACAGAAAAUCGGGUUGUUUCAGUUCUGUGGUGAUUAUUUCUGUUGCUUGACAAUCUAUCGCACUCACCAAACUCCUGUUGCCAACUUGUGUGCACAAGUAUGUUGUCAUCGUUUACAAACUGUAAAAGCUUCUUAGCUUAGCUUAGCUUAGCAUAAAGACUGAAAACAGCUAGCUUGGCUCAGCCCAUAGCUACGAGCAGACGCUGGUAGGUUGAGUUUGAGGCGUGGAAAAUGUUUGACUUAAAAACAUUUGACGGGAAAACAUAGGUGUGGCCCUUUAAACUUGUUAGCGUGUAGCGUUAGCUCGGUGUGGGUGCAGAGAUCCUGCUGGCAGGUUCAGCUGAGCUUCUUCACAUGAAGUUGAUGAUGAGCAGGAAACUGACCUGAGAACAGUGACUGUGUGUAAAUAUGUAUGAUAUCUUUUUGUAUUCUAUGGGCUAACAAUGCUUCACACGGCAUCAGUGACUUUGUAUUUAUUGUGUUUCCUGCAGCUGGUAACUUCCUCACUGUGUUCCUCAAAUCUCUGUCAGACUGCUGAUGAAGUGUUUUUUGUUCUGAAUAUUUAUUGAUCUCAGCACAGAGUAGAUAGAACCUAAAGAUCUCUUUGUUGUAGUGAAUUAUUCUUGGAAAAGAUGAUGUUUGUGUUACUCUGCUGCCAGUGUUGUCAAUAAAAGUGAUCAUGUUGCAAA